UUUGUUCUAGUCGAGAACAAGAUGCAACUUGCUCACUGAGUAGAAACGCCUACACUGGUGAAAAAAAGUCAGUCCGAGGCAUCGCAGAGUGAUAAAAGUAUGCAGAACAGAGAUUGAGAGAGAGAGAUAGAGAGAGAGAAGAGAGAGAGGGGAGGAAAGACAGACAAAGAGAAAUAUAAAGUUGUUUUCUAGUGGAUUAAUUCAUACUUUCAUGAAUCAAGAUGGCCACUCCAAAUGUAUCCAGUUUCAUCAACAGCAGUGCUCAGACCAAAUGCAACUUCACCAAGGAUUUCAACCUCCUGCUUCCAGUUACCUACAGCCUGGUGCUGGUGGUCGGCCUGCUGCUCAACCUCACCGCCUUGUAUGCCAUCUUGUUCCGGAUCAAAAACUGGAGCCCCAACACCAUCUACAUGAUCAACCUGAUUGUGUGUGACACACUCUACAUCCUCACACUACCCUUUCUGAUCUAUUAUUACUCAGUAGAGAAGAACUGGCCAUUCACUGAAGCGUUCUGCAAACUUAUACGCUUUCUCUUCUAUACUAAUCUCUAUGGUAGCAUCCUCUUCCUCAGCUGCAUCAAUGUCCAUCGCUUCAUAGUCAUUUGCCACCCGGUGCGAUCAAUGGGCUGGAUUAAUGCCCGACGUGCCCGUUAUGUCUCGGUCCUUGUUUGGGUAAUUGUUCUCAUCUUCCAGGCACCGGUGCUCUACUUUGCCCGAAGUAAGAAUGGUACUACCUGCACAGACACCACAACGGACGAGCUCUUUGAGUACUUCCUGUCCUAUAGCUCAUUCAUUUCGGUCAUUUUCUUUCUAAUACCCUUUGUUUUAGUGAUGUUAUGCAACAGCCUGAUGGUGCAUAAACUCAUACAACCCAGCACAGUAAGAGGGGCAAUAUCUCAGCGCUCCAGGCAAAAGUCUGUAAGGAUGAUUGUCAUCGUGCUGCUGGUCUUCAUAGUCUGCUUUGUGCCUUUCCACCUGACACGGAGUCUUCACUACUUUUUCCGCCACUUAAAAGUAAAUUGCAAACUCUUGGAGGGAUCUAGAAUAGCCUACAAGAUCUCAAGGCCCCUAGUAACUAUUAACAGCUGCAUUGACCCCAUCCUCUACUUCAUGGCUGGCCAGGGUUUCCGACGCAGUCUACCUAAGAAGAAGAAGCAAGGCCAGAGAGCUGAGGAGGAUAAAGGUUUAUCAUCCUCUCAAACAGAUUAAACAAUUAGAAUAUGAAUAUGAAGGACAAUCAGGAGUUUCUAUGAGGAAUUAAUAGACCAAACAAUAAAGUGAAAUGGGGGAAAUAAAUAAAUUGGGAAAUAGAAUGUAAUGUAGAGCUUUGUUGGAUCUGUGCUACUGACCAAAUGCUUCGACUUUAAAACUCAGUGCCAGAGAUCCACUGUGCUUGGACUGAAUUCUUUCACAUUUGUAAAAGUGGUUGCUAAAUAACUGUAAAUGCAGAUACAUCACAAGAAUUUCCUAAAUUUAGUGCUUAUGAAUCACUUAGGAUCCUUUUGUACAGUUUCCUGUCUUGGCCAUUAAUACCUACAAUGCUAAAACAUUAACCGCUUUUGCAAUGUUGAUGUCAUUUUUCACGAAGGUAUACAGUAUUGUGCUUUUACACUUUUGUCUUAAUAGUAAAUUAUAUCGGAAAUUUUAACUACUGUAAGACAGAUGUCAUAAAAAAGGAGUAACAACAUACAUGCAUCUAGAUUUAGAAUUUUUUUUGUUUGUUUAGGCUUCAGUGUGUAGUUGCUGAUAUGGUGAAGUUUUCUGUAAGGAGAUGUUUAUUUUGCAUUUUUGGAUGGAGUCUCCAGUGUUAGGGCUUUGUAAUAAUCAGAGGUAAAGCCGUUAUCUUAAUUUUGUCAAAAACAAGAAAAUUUUCAGGAUGGAGAGAAAAAAAGACUGGUAAGCGGAAAAAACAAACUGGUGAGGAAACGAUUGUUUAUAGUUGUUAAUGUUAGAAAUAACAGGACCUAUCUUGUUUUGCGGAUGUUUCACAGCUGUGGUAUUUGAGGAAUUAAACACUUGGGGAUGUGCUGAUAUUGGAAAAUAAUCAACUUCGGGGAGGUAACACUAACUCUGCUUCACGUCAGGCCACAUCACGCCACCUCAACGUUGAUUAUUUUCCCAUAACAGCAAAUCCCAAAGUGUCUUACUCAUUACUUUCAUAAUAAAACCAAACUAAUAUUCAGGCAUAAUAAUAAUAAUAAUAAUAAUGAUAAAAAACAAAAAACAAAACAAUAUAUACAUAUAUAUAUAUAUAUACACAGUAAAUAUUAUGAUAUGUUUGAAUGUUAUGUGUCAGUGGACAAAGAAAAAAGUGACUUGCUGAACCAAAUAGCUUUCAUGUCGUGUUUAUAACAGAUUAUAUACAGCAUUUUGGUGGUAUUUUUGCUUACAGAUCCUUUCCAAAAGUCUAUGAUAUAACAUACAAUUUUCCUGUUUAACUGAGCUACUGAAUGUAAUUAUGUCUUUAAUUUUAAUUAAAGUUAUAAAAUAGGUUUGCUCUUGUUAGCAAG